AGGGCUCAGUCAGUCAGUCAGUCAGCGGAGCGGCGUCAUUUCAACAGCUGCUUUCCCUCCCACUAGCCCUCCCCACACAUCAUUUGGGGAAGAGGAGAGGCUUUUCUGCCUUCUACUGCACUUCAGGGUCGUGUUCCGUUAGACCAGGCACGGAGAGGCCUUUUGCUGCCGUUAUUCUGACAGGAACAACCCGCGACAGCCACCCUACUCGCUCGCCGCCGCUGUUUUUCUCCCGUUUCUUCACCGGACGUACCUCACAAUGACUGCAGACGCGUAGAAUGUGACCGUUUAAGUUAUUUUUUAAAAAAUUCUCCGUUCCCGCCUCUAUCCGUUGUUUAUAUUUGUGGAGAAAUAACGUCUAUUUAACGAAAGAGGAGGAGAAAGUAACGGUCUCCGAGAUAUUACCACAUACAGUUCAUGGGAGAUAAAGCCUAAUGUGUACAGCGGCAGACAACAAUAGCUCCUGACAGAUGGAAGGAGGGUUUUUGUUUGGCGAAUUCAAGAUGGAAAACGAAGAAAUGAGCCUAAGUUCUUGCAAGUAGCAAGACGGAAAGUGAAGAGGUUGGUUUAUAGUCGGUUUUUUGGUAGCGCUGGAGGGAAUGAUGGCGCGCGGUACGGGUCGACAGACGGCGCAUCUUUGCACUCUGUCACAGAGUGAGGGUAACGAUCUCAAUUAUAAACACCAUGAUGCAUUCUGAGGAAGAAAACAAAUCAAUCACAGAGACAUCAGUCUGAGGAAGCAGUCGUCCUUCAGAAGAGAACUGCCCCAAAGCAUGACCGUCUGUCACUGGGGAGGGUCAGAGAAACGCAUUCCUGCAACUCUCAUGAACAGUUUGUCAUCCCCCUCGUAGGUCCACCUACGGCCCUGAACACACCCAUCUGCCAGCUCAGAUAACCCUCAGGCUGUUUGCAACACAUGUUUGAUGUGAUUGGUUGUGACCGCCGCGCUUUGCUAAGCAGCCCCGCUCUACAUCAUGCAGUGGCGUCGGCGACACUGCUGCCCCAUCAAGAUGACCUGGAAUGUCAAGCGGUCGCUCUUCCGCACACAUGUAGCAGGCCUUCUCUCGCUGGCCUCACUCUUCGCCCUCUUCCUCAUCUACUGCCACCAGGAUUUGCUGCAGGGCCGGUGUUGGUUGCGAGACAACCCCUUGGUUUACACCAUGCGAGGUUUGCGCCCCCACAAGGAGCGCGCGAAGGGAAACCAAAGCUCGCUGCGAAGCCUCUGGAAAGACAAUGGUUAUGUGCUCCCCAAACCGUCUGUUAACUUCAACUUCACUUCUCACCAGGCGGAGAUCACUGCCCGGGGGAUUGUGGGAUUGGAGAUAUCACCGAGCAGCAACAACUCAAGCACUAACGGCAACACCAAGAGCUUGCACAGGGAAAUGGGAGUGGGAGGGCGUCUGGCAGCCCAGCCUUAUCACUGGCUGCUUAAUGAGCCCUACAAGUGCAACGAAAGCAGUCCCUUCCUGGUCUUGCUAAUUGCUGCCGAGCCGAGGCAGUUGGAGGCAAGGAACGCCAUCAGACAGACCUGGGGCAAUGAGAGCGUGGCCAUGGGAUACGGGUUCGUGCGUCUCUUUCUGCUGGGAAGGAUACCUAACGCGUACCCCCAGAGCUCCAUCGAGGAGGAGAGCUUGCAGUACCAUGACAUCAUCCAGCAGGACUUCUUGGACACCUAUUACAACCUUACCAUCAAGACGCUUAUGGGCAUGAGCUGGGUUGCUCGAUAUUGCCCGCACACUCACUAUGUCAUGAAGACGGACAGUGACAUGUUUGUCAACACCGAAUAUCUCAUCCAAAAGCUGCUAAAGCCAAACAUGGCACCUCGACAGAAUUACUUCACAGGCUACCUAAUGAGAGGCUACGCUCCCAACCGCAACAAGGACAGCAAGUGGUACAUGCCACCAGAACUCUAUUCCAGCGAGAGAUACCCUAUCUUUUGCUCCGGGACGGGCUACGUGUUCUCGGGGGAUAUGGCAGCGAAAAUCUACAACGCCUCGUUGAGCAUCCGCCGCCUGCACCUCGAGGAUGUGUAUGUAGGAAUCUGCCUGGCGAAACUGCGAAUCGACCCGGUGCCACCACCAAAUGAGUUUCUCUUCAACCACUGGAGAGUGUCGUACUCCAGCUGCAAGUACAGUCACCUGAUCACCUCCCACCAGUUCCAGCCCAACGAACUCAUUAAAUACUGGAGUCACUUGCAAAGCAACAAGCACAAUCCUUGCCUUAACAUGGCGAAGGAUAGGAGCGGGCGAACGCGCCAUAGGAAAUUGCAGUGGGAAGGUCUUCGGUGAUUAGCCAGGGCUCAGGGUGCAGUAGUGUUAUCGCAGCAUGUGCAAAAUUCAGCAGUUUAUGAGGUAGGGAACAGCACAGUGUUUUUGGUAUUGUGAAUUAAAACUAUUUUUUUAAUUUCAGAGAGAUGUUAUGUAUUGUAAACCUGUCUUUUUAAAGGGAAGUGAGAGACGUGUGCAAUAUCUAGCAUGCACAGCAAAAACCAUCCGAUGGCGGUAACCGCCAUUUUCAGGUGCCAAUUAACCGAGACAUAUUAAGAGGUUGCCGACUUUCCUCUACAAGCUAACGUUCGAGUGAUAUUAUUAAGGGCCAAUUUUAUUGAGAUCCUCACUGUUUCUGUAUACAAAAGAAGAAAAAAAUCGGGAAUAUCAUAUGGUGGUGUAUCUGUACUGUGACACAUUUGAUUCUCAAUGAUGUCCACCCGACAUUAUGAGAUGAUGUUGAUUUUUUUCUAUCUACCUAAAACCUGCAAAUGGUUUACAGUAUCCAAACCAAAUUAAAAACAGUAUGUGUAAAAGAAAAUAUAUAUAUGGAAUUUAAGUGCAUCAUAGAUGUCAGAUAUGAUCAAAAUAAUAUUUUUCAAAAGCUUUACACUGACUAAAUACACAAGUCUGCCCUUGAUUAGGGCAAGUAAACUAUUUAUUAAAUGUAUUUCUUAAGCA